AUGGAAGUAGUGGUGUUGGACUUGGUAAUUUUUUUUAGGGGAGGUAGUGAUGUUGGACUUAGUAUUGAGCUUGGUAUUAGGUUUCUUGGUAAUGAUGAUGGAGAUGGUAGUAGGUUUGAUGGAACUACUCCUGUAUUAUCUUCUGAUGCUUUAUUAUUAUUAUAA